UCUCUCUCUCUCUCUCCCUCGUCUCUUCCUCUCCGCUGCUUUUUUUCCUCCUCCCACUGUUGUGAGAGAGCACACCUGCCCUGAUUUUGGACUCCAAGUUACCCCACAGGCCCCGUCAGCCUCUUCAGUCUCAUCCCCAAAAACAACUUGACUUGGAUUUUGGGAGUCAAGCUUCACCUCUCUCCGGCUUCCUCUACUCUCCGACCCGAGAACAGGCUCUCCGCUCGAGGCACCAUGAGGUCGGCCUGUCUCUCCCUGCUCCUGGUCACCGCCUGCUGCGCGCUGCCCUUCCGCCAGUCCGGGUUCCUGGACUUCAUGAUGGAGGACGACCCCGGGUCGGGCCUGCCGGACGGGACCCCGGAGCUCUCCUUCCCGGCCGAGAGGGCGGGCCCCAAGUGCCCCUUCAGGUGCCAGUGCCACCUGCGCGUGAUCCAGUGCUCCGACCUGGGGCUGAAGACGGUUCCUGACGAGAUCCCCGACGACACCACCCUGCUGGACCUGCAGAACAACAAGAUCACGGAGAUCAAGGAGGGCGACUUCAAGAACCUGAAGGGACUGCAUACUCUGAUCCUCGUGAACAACAAGAUCACCACCAUCCACCCCAAAGCUUUCACCCCCCUGAGCAAGCUCCAGCGCCUCUACCUGUCCAAGAACAUGCUAAAGGACGUCCCCGCCAACAUGCCCAAGAGCCUGCAGGAGCUCCGCAUCCACGAGAACGAGAUCACCAAGAUUAAGAAGGCCACCUUCCAGGGCAUGUCCCACGUGAUCGUGAUGGAGCUCGGUUCAAACCCUCUGAAGGGUGCAGGAGUUGAGGCUGGUGCUUUUGGCGAACUAAAAAGGGUCUCUUACAUCCGCAUUGCUGACACCAACAUCACAGAGAUCCCCAAAGGCCUCCCCGGCUCCCUCUCCGAACUUCACCUGGAUGGAAAUAAGAUCACCAAGGUGACGGCUGACACCCUAAAAGGCCUGAAGAACCUGGCCAAGCUGGGUCUGAGCUACAACGCCAUCAUCUCCGUGGAGAACGGCUCGCUGGCUAACGUCCCCCACCUGCGGGAGCUGCACCUGGACAACAACCAGCUGACCAGCGUUCCUCGCGGUCUACCCGACCACAAGUACAUCCAGGUGGUCUACCUCCACGCCAACAAGAUCGCCGCCGUGGGAACGGAAGACUUCUGUCCUCCCGGCUUCAACACCAAGAAGGCCAUGUACUCCGGCAUCAGCCUGUUCAGCAACCCCGUGGCCUACUGGGACGUCCAGCCCGUCACCUUCCGCUGCGUCUUCGACCGCUCCGCCAUCCAGCUCGGAAACUACAGGAAGAAGUAGAGCGUCUGCCAGGGAGCGUCGGCUAGGAAGUGUGUGUUUGUAAAUGAGCGCAUGAAAGUUUUGUAAGAGUGCGUGUUUGGCCACAGCCCCCACAACACUACUCCCCGUCCCCCCCCAACCCCAAACCGUGAUGUCAUUGAUGACGCUCGUCAGUUUUUCAGUAUUCAGCUUCAAGGUCGGUGCGACAGUAAAACUCGCAGCUUCUAGCAAACACGUCGUUCUUGAGCAACAACGCAUUAAAGCCACUCUAUGUAGAAAUUACACCUCCGACCACCUCGCCUGGCCACGCAUUAGGAGUUGAGUCGAAUGCGGAGCCGCAGUUCCUCUUAAUCACCACUCGGAGCUGCUCACAAAAGUCUAAAAAUUAGGUUUUGCUGCUUACAAAACCUAAUUUGACCCAUUGACCUAAUUUGAUUGACACUUCUGUGGUCGCUAGGCUAAUUAGCACCUUUUACUUCAGAGCUGAAAUUUUCAUCCUGAAGGUAAUAAAGGCCUGGAAAGAUUCUGAGGGACAUUUAAGGACUUUAGGCUCAGUAAAACCCUCCGUCGGCGGGUUUGGUCGACCCGCAGGCCGCCGGGGGCUCGUCCGGGGCCUCCCCUCGCCCCACACCUGGUCCCAUAGAGUGCCUUUAAUGUGCUUUUUUCAAUCCAAAUUCACCGAUCGGUACUAAUUGAAAUGCGAAGAUGAACCGGAGCAGAAAAGUCCGAUCACGUCUCCCACAUGUCGUCUAGAUCCUCGCCGGCGCCGACCUGUAGAGCAGGCGGCGCCGGCGACCCGUGUGUUUAUUACCUGUGUGUAGUAUUCAAGGUGUCACACUAUCAGCCUGAACUCCGUGAACUCUGCAUUGUACCCAAGUGAAAGCAACGAUGUUUCCUGUCACACUUCCUGCCCACCCGCCCCCCCAGCAUCAUCUCAGUCUGUGUCUCCAUCACACCCUCCCCCUGGCUCCUCCCCCUGGCUCCUCCCCCAGUGUGUGUGUUUUUGUUUUUUGUUUUUUCCAUAAGGUGAAAGUAGCUUCUUACAAAUGUAAAAUAAACCAUAUACGUUUUAAACAGA